AUGCCUCCCCAAAUUAAGCAUGACCUAAAUCGCUCGGGAUGGGAGUCUACCGACUUCCCGUCCGUCUGCGAGAACUGCCUUCCCGAGAACCCAUACGUGCAGAUGAUUAAGGAAGACCAUGGCGCAGAAUGCAAGAUUUGCACACGCCCCUUCACCGUUUUCCGCUGGAAGGCCGAUCGAACAUCGCGCCAAAAGCGAUCUAUUAUCUGUCUGACAUGCGCGCGCCUGAAGAACUGCUGCCAAUGCUGCAUGCUCGAUCUUUCGUUCGGUCUGCCCAUUGUCGUCCGUGAUGCGGCCCUCAAGAUGGUUGCCCCGGGUCCAGAAAGCUCUAUCAACCGUGAAUUCUAUGCGCAAAACCACGAGAAGGAAAUUGAGGAAGGCCGCGGUGCCAUCGAAGAAUAUGAAAAGACCGAUGACAAAGCUCGCGAGCUGUUGCGCCGCCUCGCCAACAGUGAACCAUACUACCGCAAGCCACGCCGGAUCGAGGGACCUGCCGAAGGAGAGGGAGCAGAGCAGUCGACAUCGACGGAGCAACCCCGAACAAACAGCCGGUAUGGAAAUGGUCCCGGUCCUAUUCGCACCAGUGAAAGCCGCGUCGGCAACCGCCUCCCAGGCCGUGGAGGCCGUGGUGGAAGUCGCGGUGGUCGUCCAUUCCCCAGCACCGCACAGCUGCCGCCCUCGGCUGAGGACAUUCUUCCUCCCGCGGACCCCAAUGUCCUUUCUCUAUUUGUCACAGGCGUAGAGGAUGACCUUCCCGAACACACCCUGCGCACGUUCUUUAGCAAAUUUGGUCAGCUCCGAUCUCUUAUUUGCUCUCAUCGCGCCCACUGUGCCUUCAUUAACUACGUCACUCGUGCGGAUGCCGAAGCCGCGGCAGCCCACUGCCAGGGCAAAGCCAUCAUCGAAGGCUGCCCACUCCGUGUCCGCUGGGGUAAGCCUAAGUCUCUCGACAACUUGGAUCGCGAGGAGAGAAUGAAGAACGCCCGCGAGGGCCGCCAGACUGUGGGAUCUGUUGGCAAGGGAAAGCAAAUCGACAGGCGAGCUGUGACAGCAGGAGAGAGCGCGGGCCAGGAACAUCAUCGGACCCAUGUUGUCGCACCACCGCCUGGAUCCAGCGAGGUCCAGUACGCCAGCAUGAAUGGCGACUGA